AUGACCAAGUCGUCCUCUCCCGAACAAAACAAGAACAAGCCCACCGCCAAAAAGGCAAAGUCCACCGUCGGCGAAAACAAGAAGAAACCCGCCACGGCCGAACUCCGCAUCUUGUCCGCCAUUGCCAAGGAACAUGCAGUGGGAAUCAAAUUUGCUUGCAAAAAGCAAAUUUUGAAAAUGUCGCUAGUCAAGGAAAUCAGCUACAAUACCUUUCUCAACAUUUUGAAACGCAAGGGACGGGUGGUCGCAACCAAGGACGGUGGUCUCCAGGCCACACAAGCCGGGUACGAAAAGUUGGGACCCGACUUUCAAGCCAACCUGCCAAAAACCGAUCAAGACGUGCAACAUAACAUGAAGCAACUGUUGAAGUGCCCAAAGCGCGCAUCAUGUUUGACGUCUUGA